UGAAGAAAAUGCAACCAUCCCUUUAACUAGAUAGUCCCUCCUUCCACCGAAAAAGUUGAACACCUAAGGUUCAGAAUUUGGUUGCUGCACCUAUCAACGGCUAGUUUAACGGCCUGAAACUAGAUGCUCAAGCUGAAUGUCUGCUGCUCUCUAAUUCCUUGUCCAAGACAAGCCACACUUGGAGCCAGCUAUAGAUCAUGGAUAAUUAGUUACCAUAGAGCUCAGAAACUAUCACCGUUGGUUUCUGUGAAAGCUUUGAAAGAUGACACUAAUGGGGGUACAAGCAGUUUCCCAGGCCGGAGCUGGGAGCCUGGCUUGGAAAUUGAGGUUCCUUUUGAACAAAGGCCGGUGAACGAGUACUCGUCUUUGAAAGAGGGACCCCUGUAUUCUUGGGGUGAACUUGGUCCAGGACCCUUUUUACUUCGCCUUGGUGGACUCUGGUUAGCAACCUUCACAGUUCUUGGAGUUCCGAUUGCAGCUGCAACUUUCAAUCCUUCCAGGGAACCAUUAAGAUUUGUGCUAGCUGCUGGAACAGGAACUCUAUUCCUUGUGUCAUUAAUCAUCUUAAGAAUAUAUCUGGGAUGGAGUUAUGUUGGUGAUAGACUUCUGUCAGCUGUGAUUCCCUAUGAAGAGAGUGGAUGGUAUGAUGGACAAAUGUGGGUAAAGCCAACUGAGGUCCUGGCUCGUGAUAGACUGUUGGGCUCUUACAAGGUUAAACCAGUCAUCAAGAUGUUGAAACAAACACUUGUCGGAACAGGAGCGUUGCUCGUGACAGCAGUAAUGCUAUUUAUCUUUGCUACACCAGUAGAAGAUUUCUUUCAAACGACUUUUUCCACAAAAGAAAACCCAUCAAUUGAUCCAGCUUCAGGGAAAAAUACAAAAUACAACGUGAGAAAAGAGGAGUUGCUUAGAUUGCCUGUGGAGGUGAUAACUGAUGAUGAUCUGGCAGCUGCUGCCGCUAAGGCUGCUGGUGGAAGACCAGUCUACUGCAGAGACAGAUAUUAUCGUGCAUUAGCAGGUGGACAGUACUGCAAAUGGGAAGACUUACUUAACCGAUGAGGAAAAAGGGCGCAGGGGUUAUGAAAAUAUUUUGUAACAUUUCAACUGGAAUAAGAAUUAUAUAUAUGGUUUUAUGUGGUUACCUUCAAGGAAAUGAUUGUAUUUUCAAAAA